AUGACGGACACAAUACCGUUCAGGGCCGAAUCCAGCCGCCGCAAGGACAUCGACUUUCGGUUUUUUGUCAUGCGCCGCAACGGCCCAAAGCAGAGAUAUCCGCUCCGUCUCAUCAGUUUUCCGCUGCGAGACCACAUUGGCAACCCCCUCAUCGGCGAACAGAAGCUUCCGAUCGCUGGAUGUUCCCGGCACUCGCUGCCCAGCGCAAGCAAUCUGAUCUUCGACGGCCUCGACCGCCCCUUUCUGUAUCGUGAUGUGUAUCUCGAGUUGGCGCGGCACGCUGGUGAGAACGGGUCAACUUGUUGCAUGAUGCCAGUCAUCACGAGCUAUUCGGCGACGUGCCAGGUCGCCGUUAAUGGGAUCGUAAUACCUCCGAGAGAGUCAUACUACAUUCCACCAGACUGUGUCCUCACUUUCGGAAGUAAUCUGGUGGAAAGGACUUUGCAUUCCGGACUUAGCGUCCGAGUCCUUUGGCUCCCACCACCGCAGGUGCACCGCCUACUCCCCACGGGCUUCCUCUACGCCCCUCUGCCAUUGCAUCUGGGUGGCGAUGCUCUAUUCCACAGGCUCCUUCUGCCGGCGCGAGAAGAUUCCAUGGGCCCAAUCUUUCGCACGAUCGACGAAGUACAGGCGGUAGACCCAGAUCCGCGCAUGGUGCGAGCACUACGAUACACUCGAGAGGAGAUUGUUGACGUAGUGAGGGACUUGUUACCGGUGGGUCUGGAAGAUGAGGACCAGAGCAGCUCAUCGCCAGAACAAGAACAAGACGAUGCACAGAGGUGUGAACACGAACAUGGCAGAACACACGAGAACAUGCGCGGUGAGGCAAGCGACGAGUCGGGCGGUAGCCGCAUGGACCAAUGGCUAGACUCGUUGUUGACCCAAGCCACUGGGCUGACGGAUGAUGAUGAUGCGGAGACUAUACCGGAGAUUUACCACAUGCAGUCUACAGUUUAG